UCAAACGUCGCAAUAAAGCAUUUUUAGCUAUAACAGUAUCCUGAUUGUGCAAAAAUUUAUGAAUACAAAAAAAUAAGUAAAUAAAAUAAAAUCAUGGCUAAAGAACUUGUUAGAACCAAAACUCCAAUUACAGCCAUAGGUGGACAUGUUUUACACCCAGAAAAGCAUAACUUAGCUUUUGGGCGCUGGGCAAUGCCAGUCAUGGCUCGAAAAAUGCAAGAUCCAGAUCCUAUAGAGAAAAGAAAAGCUAUACAAUCGCUAUGCGAUUUCGUCUUUGACCCAAAAAGAGUCGCAUCAAAAGAGUUUUUAACUACAGCAGCUGGUCGUAGAACUUUUGGGAAGCAGGAUUUUUAUAAAGAAGUUUUACGUUUGAUUGUUGACGAUGAAAAAACUGUUCGACAUGCUGCUAAUGUUGUACUGCAGAGACUGACGUUAUCGCCAAUGGCUGCCGAAGAAUUAGUUAGAUCAGAUGCUAUACCAAUUCUUCUCAACCAAGUGCCGCAAGAAGAAGAUGAUACUCUGGAGCUUCUAUUGCAAACCAUCUAUGUUUGCUGUCUUGUGGAUCCCGAUAAAGUGCUUCUUGCAGGAGGCUUGGAAUCAAUCAUACCUUGGUUAAAGUCUUCUAAUUCUCGAAUCAAGGAAAGAACAGCAAUGAUAAUCAAGGAAUUAACUGUAGAUGCCAAGGGAAGAAAUAAAGCUCUUGAUUUAGGUGUUCUUCCUCUUUUAUUAAAUUUACUUGAUGGCAAUGACGAAAAGAUUCAAGCAAAAGCCUUAUCCGCUCUUAUGAUGAUAGCAAUCGCUACCCCAGCGAAGUUCUUGUCUCUGAAUAAAGGUGCUAUAGCAAAACUUUUGCCAUUCUUAAAAGUUCGAAAUGCAGAAAUACGUCUGAAUACUAUAAAGGUGUUAACAGCCUUAAGUGAAGCUCCCCCUGGAAGAAAGAUAUUGCUUGAUCGCCUCCCAAUGCUUACACCACUUCUCAAUGAUAAUGUGAAAGAAAUUCAAGAUGCAGCAAAAAGAAUGAUAAGUGUUGUAACCUUUAAACCUUAAAAAUUAGCACAAUAUUCUAUUUCAUUGACUUGGAGCAUUAACUAUUGUAUAACCAAUGUCAUUAAAACAUUUUUCUUUCAAAAUGUU